AUGAUUUAUAAAUAUGGUGAAGGAAAAGAAAGAAAAAUUAUUAUGUGUCAGGCACCAUUAAAAGAAACUAUUGAAGUUAUAGCAGUUCUUAUUAAUGAAAAUGAAUUAAAGAAACAAAAUAAAUGCUAUCCUUACUUUUCUUUAAAUCUCAAAGAUAAUAGUUCUAAAAAUUAUUCACUUACAAAUAAAGGUGGUCAACUUGAUAAGAAUAAAUGUUAUUAUGAGUAUGAUUGUAUACUUACUCAAUUGUCUACAAAUAAAACAAAAAACUUUAAAUUACUUCAUUAUAUUAAUUGGCCUAAUAAAAAUGUACCUUCUGAUAAAAAAUCUUUCAAUGGAUUUUAUAAAAGAUUAAUUGAAUUAAACAAAAAUGAUUAUUUAAUGAUUCAGUGUAGUUCAGGUGUAGGAAGAACUGGUACACUUGCAUUAAUAAUCUAUAUGAUCGAUAUGAUUAAAUUAAAAAAAUCAUUCGAUCCUAUUAAAUGCUUAGAUUAUGUCAGACAACGUCGCUACAAGGCAGUACAAACUCCAAAUCAAUUUUUCUUUGCUCUAUCUUUUCUUUAUGAGCAUUUCAAAAAUCGGAUAGUUGCUGUAAAUACUGAAAUAUAUGAUAAAUUUAUGAAAUUAGUACAAACAUUACUUGAAGAAGAGAAAAAAACUUUAAAUCAAUAA